ACGUCAGCGAUGCAGUUCUGGUGCCUGUACAUGCUCAUCUUUUGGUUCCUGCGAGAAAACGAUGCAGUCAUCAACAGCAGACUGUGGUACACCGAAAAAGCUGACCCCGCCUACGUGGCAGCAGGCGACAAGAUCGAGUUCGCUACGACGUCCAUGGCUCGGUGCGCCGCUGUGAGCAGCGCUGCAACGGGUGCAGAUCUCGUGUGUUAUGAUGGCGUCACUUGCGUUAUCAUCACAGCUGCAGACCUCAACGGCAUCAGGGGUCGCGUCUCAAACUGGAAAUGCUUUCUGGCCGGGUCUCGAUGCCGAUCUCCUUUCUACGAGUACCUGGAGUUUGGAUACCUAAACUUCGUUACCAACAACCUUGUAAAUUUCACGACAGCACGCAAAUCUUGCCCUUUAGGAUCUCACCUCUAACCUUUAUUACUAAUCACAUUUGUUCGGCUCAAAAAUAAUCACGUCGAAGAUUUUUAAGCAGCGAACAUCUGUGUUACUUAAUAACAAUAACGAAAAAAUCAGGAAUUUAUGUACUAAUUUCAGUAAAUUUUGUCAUCCUACAUUUAUUAGCCUCAAUUUUCUCAUUAAUUAUUGUCAUCAAUUAAGAGCCAAUACCCGAUCAUACUUUUAUAUCAAUAAAUCCACUGAUCACUAUCAGCAGCUGCAAUCAACCAGUAAUUCGGAGCGGUCAUCAAAGAAAUUUUCGUCGUCAAAUUGUUGGCAAUUUAUUCUGUGUGCACGGUUUAUAUGCGAUUAGUGUUUUUAACGCGUUCACCAGCUAAUUAUAGUCACUGGAUUUGGUAAUUAUAGAUAGCAAGCGCCAUUGCCUUUAUCUGAUCAAAGUAACGCUUCAAAAUUCCUGCCGAUUUAGAGCAAAUAUUGUCUGUAUUGCGGUAAACUAAACUAAGAACUAAUUUUAUAAACUUGAAUAUGCAGCAAAAUUCUCAAUCUACGGUUAUAAAUAAAAUGACUCUGUGUAAUUAUAUCACUUUACAAGGACGGUUUAUUUUCGCUGUUAAAUUAAAAAUGAAAUGAAAAAUUUGAUGAUAAGUUAAAUAAAAAA